UGCUGCUGCUGAUCGCAUGCCUCAAAGAUCCGAAUGUAUAUUAAUACUAUUAAAAGAAAGUAGUGAUAGCCACCGUCUCAGUAUCAAAUUGGCCCUUGUAAACAUCGAACGGAGAAUAAGCAUUCCUCUCUGGAAUUUCGAUCGUGUGCUACAAAACAACAACAACAAAAAGAGAAAAAAAAAUACAGAAAAAACCGUUUCUCAAUCAUUUCGUACGGAAAAACCAACGAAUACCAAACAACGACCAAUAUAAGAGACGAAGCAAAAGAAAAAACAAAAUCAACCGAUUUUUUUUCAUUUCAUUUUGAACGUUAAUAAAUAGUUUCUACAAAUAUUUCAAUCAUUUCUUUUUCCAGUAUGAAAGAAAAAAUGUGUCAGUGAAUUCAACAAAAAUUCAUUUCAACCAAUAACCAAACUAUAAACUGAAAGUUAAAUCCUCGAAUUUAAACGUGUCGUUAAAGCCAAGUGCAUUUCUUUUCUCUCUCUCUCCCUCUCACAAUAACUUGAAUUUUGAAAAGAGAGAAAAAUAAAACCACAAUUUUGAUUAGCCAUAUCGUGUGUUAGAAAUUUAAACUGCGACAAAUAAAAAUCCAUUUUUUUCUGGCAACAAAAACAACGAGACAAAAAAAAAUCACAAUCCAAAUUCAAAUUAAGCGGUUCGAUUCGAAACGCUGACGCUAAACAGACAGAACUUAACAGUUUGGAAAAGAGACGCGCGCAAGCGCGUUUUCAUCAAUAAGAAAAAGUGUCAACUGUCUAGAAAGUUGUGGGCAAGGUGUGUGUAUUGCCGAUAAGCUUGAAUUAAGAAAAACUUUAUAAAUUCGGAGACGUGUGCAAAAACAGAGGGCGAAAGAAGCAAAAUGACCGUCGAAUUGGAUAUUGUGGAACGGAAAAACGAGGAAAAUUUGAAAUUAAGCAAACAAAUGUCGGAUACAAUGAAAAAGUUGAACAUAGACGGAAAUGAACCGAUCGCACCCAUCGAUGCUGACUUGGACACCGCCGCCACCACAACAACAACCACAACAAUACACGCAAACAGUGGACCAUCGACAGAUCUACAGCGUUUCUAUGCCGGCAAAAAUGUAUUUAUCACCGGUGGAACAGGUUUUUUGGGAAAAACACUGGUCGAUAAAUUGUUGCGCUCAUGUCCGGAUGUUGAGAAUAUUUAUUUGCUGGUUCGUCCAAAGAAGGGUGUUGACAUCCAUACGCGGCUUGAGGAGAUUUUCGAUGAGAAUGCAUUUUCACGGUUACGCGAAACGGUGCCCAAAUUCCGGCAUAAGAUUGUUGCCAUCGCUGGUGAUUGCUCAUUGGCCGGGCUUGGUAUGAAAAUCAACGAUCGCCAAACGCUCAUUUCAAAUGUUGAUAUUGUAUUCCAUUGCGCUGCUACGGUUCGUUUUGACGAAAAGCUCCGAUUAGCGGUCAGUAUCAACGUGCACGGAACACGAGAAUUACUUGAAUUGUGCACACACAUGCAACACUUACAGGUGGUGAUGCAUGUUUCAACCGCUUAUUCAAAUUGCCAUUUACGCUUCAUUGAGGAAAAAUUUUAUAAUUACCCAUUCCAUUUUGACGAUCUAUCUCGUUUAAUUGACAAAUUGGACGACAAAGCACUGGAUAACAUAACACCGACUCUAUUGGGUAAAUGGCCGAAUACGUAUGCAUUCACAAAAGCUCUGUCUGAGGAUCUAAUUCGUAUGAAUGGCAAAAAUCUUCCGCUUGGAAUGUUCCGGCCAGCAAUAGUAACGUCGUCGGUACAUGAACCAGUCGUUGGUUAUAUUGACAAUUUGUAUGGGCCAACGGGUGUUGUUGCCGGCGCUGGUACCGGUGUACUGCGCACCAUGCACUGCAAUCCAGACAUCUCCGCUAACAUUGUUCCCGUUGAUAUGACCGUAAAUGCUCUCAUUGCCAGCGCUUGGGAUGUUGCCACAAAUAACAAAGACGCUUGCAUUGCUGAAGACGUUCCAAUCUACAAUUACGUAUCAUCCGUUGAGAAUCCAUUGACAUGGGGCGAAUUUACCGAUAAAAACAUUCGAAAUGGUUUCACUUAUCCGUUUUCCACCGCCAUUUGGUACGUAUCAUUCCAUAUGCACAAAACGGCGUUCAUGAAUCGCGUCUACAUGGUAUUUCUGCACUUGUUGCCCGCCCUAUUCAUGGAUUUACUGACAAUGUGCGUCGGACAACGGCCUCGAAUGUUGAAAAUGUACAAAAAAAUUCACAAAUUCUCCAGUGUUAUUUCAUUUUUCUGCACCAAUGAAUGGAUGUUCACGAAUUCGAAUGUACAACGUUUGUGGAAGAAAAUUGGGCGUCGAGAUCAAGAAUUGUUUGAUUUUAACAUUCGAAACGUUGAUUGGGAUGAGUAUUCACAUCACUAUAUCAAGGGAAUGCGUUUGCACUUAUUCAAAGAUGAUCUGUCAACACUUGAAUCAGCGAGAAAAAAGUGGAACAGAUUUUACUGGAUGCAUCAAAUCCUUAAAGCAAUUUUGGCAUUGACCGUGCUGCACACCGCUUGGGCGAUUUUUUCAUAUUUCUUUUAUUCAUUUUAAAGAUAAUUGUGAUGAAAUGGCUCCAUUUAGUAGAGACAAAUCCAUUUAAAAGAGAAAUGCAUUGGAAUUUCUUCUUUGUUUUUAGUAAAAAAAAAAAAAAAAUUAAGAGCUGAAGAGAAAACAGAGCACAUCAUUAUGGCUUUGUAUUACAAUUAUAGAAAAUUGUUUUGUUUAUAAUAAUUUUAUUAUUUGAUAGUUUUGAUUCGGGGCACAAAUGCAGAAUAAAAAAUUAGAGCAAAAACAAAACUAAACAAAAAAAAAUCAUUUGUAAAUUAUAAAGCUUUGAACAGACGAUAAUUUUGCGUAGCCCCUCGCAUUUUGAUUUAGAGACCAUCUUAAUUGUAUUGAAAAUUAGAUGUAAUUUUUUUUUCUUGAUUUAAACAAAGGAAAAACACACACACACAAACACACAGAACAAUUACCAAUAAUUAUUUUUCUUCUACAUCUUUAUCUUUGGGUAAAGGUUACAUGUCACACCACAUUGCAACGUGGAUUGGUUUGUGGUUGCAAUUUCGCGUGUCGUUUGUUUAUUUCAUUUUGGGAAAUAUGUUAUUCUCUCUCAAAUUCUAGAUAUAGAUAUAUUAAAAUGUUGUUAUUUUUUAGUAUAUAAUUCAGACAUAUAUCACAAAGAAAGCAACUAAGCUCCCGGGGAAUCCGUUGAAAACCAUACGCGGAGUUUCUUUGAUUUCCUAUCAGUUUUUAGAAGUUAAUUUAGUAUUUAAAGCGAAUUAUGAAAGCAAAAUUGUUUAUUUAACGGGAUUUAUAGCAGUUAAAAGGCAAUUACAACAAGAGUGACUCGACUUACGUGAGGUUAUUAGUAUCAAAUUAUGGCAUAGACAAAAUAAUGAAGUUGAACAAAGAAUUUAUGACAAUGUUUCCUCUGAUUUGAGAAUUAUAUAGCCGUGUGUGUGUGUGUGUGUGUAUGAACCAGAAGAGACUAACAAGAAUAUUAACAAAACGCACAAAGGAAAUGAAAACGAAUACAACGAGAAAAUUGUGAUAAACUAUAUCAAGAAAAGAGACACAAAAAAUAAACACACACACACAAAACAUUCCGAAAUUAAAGGGUCGGACAUGAGAUUUCACACACGAAAUGCUCAAAAUAAUUUCAUUUAAAACCUCCAAAGUAUCCGCACGCAAAUAGCAGUAUCACACUUACAUCACACUUCUUUCAACUAUUUUUAUUCCUUAAAUUAACCAACAAAUUCACACACACACAACAAAUAUUCGACAACAUUUGUGAAUAGGUAAUAGAAAAUAAACGAACAAAACAUUAUUGGGUUAAGCUCACGUAUAUCCAGUGUGGUAAAUUGUAUGAACAACUCAUGAAAUAACGAAAAUGCCACAUUUUUUUGUUGAAAAUUUUCCGAGCUAUCAAUUAAGUGAGAAAAAAAAUGAAUGCAAAAUUGUAUAUCUACUUCUAAUCAAAAAUGGUUCAAUAAAACAAAAUAUUACAACAACAACAACAAAAAAAACACUUCUGAAACCAACAUGUUGGAUUGUUUCGUCUUUAUUUUGUUUCAAACAUCGUGCUAAAACAUUUUAGAAUUCUUUUUUUUUCUUAUUUUUUAUCUUUGUUAAUAGCAGUAUACAUAAUUAGUAAUUCAUUGCUGAAGAAAAUAUUUGAGAAAAAAUUGAGGAAAAAAAACGACGUUCAACUACAAAUAUAUUUCUAAUUUAUAUAGGAUGAAAAUCGUUGUGACUAGGUUUCUUGAUCGAAAAAAAGGGCGAAAUAUAUGAAA